CCAAAGAAAAUAAACUUGCAAAAGCAAAACCUGAAAUAAAAACUAAGUCCAAAUCAAAAUCCCAAAAAGUUAAUCAUCAAAAUACUAUCAAAAAUGCUCUCAAAGCAUUUGCUAAUUCUGAAUAUUCCA